AUGCGACAGACCUUUGCUAUACUUGCUCUUUUCCUAGCAGGAUUUGCUGCUUGUCAAGGCGCAGCCGGGUCCUCCGAGGGAGACAUGCCAGGAAACUAUCCAGAAAGCCCUCCAGGAAGCCCUAAGCCAGGUCCCAAAGCCGGCGUCGACAAAGCCCAACCCCCACUUUCUCGGAAGGCAUUACUGGAAAAGAGAUGUCGUGAGAUUAGGGUACGUGAACUGUCUCGUUACGAUGACGCAGGGAGUGUGUAUGUCUAUCUGGACGUUAUCUGCACUGAUGACCCGAAAAAUGAUCCGGACCAUUCCAAGGAUUCUUCAGGCAAGAACCAAGAUGAGCCGAAAGAGCAGAGCUCGAGCGUCAAUCUGGACUGGUUCCUUGGCUGGGAUAAGUCGAAAGGAGGGCCCCUCAGAGGGAAUGAUCGGUAUGGUCCCUUAUCUGCACUCUGCUGGGGUUGCAAAUACACGCGAGGUACCAAAGAGGGUGAGAAUAAUUUUUCAUGUUGGUGUAAGAAUAGCAAGCCUGGCAGUGGUAUAAGGGCACAGGAUCCAGUCACAAAGAAAUGGGGUCAUAGGACACAGUACGACUUGGGUGACGUGUUGGAAAUCCUCCCAAAUGGCCGCAUCGGGUUCGAUACUCAGGACUUCCGUGCAAGGGAGGCAAGGGAGUAG